AAUCUUUAAGGAAUGUAAGGGGGGGGCUGGAAAGACGAAUCAGUGCGUAAAGCAAGAGGAGAGGAAAAAUAAUCUAAAAGCCCUGAGAGGAUAGCAAAUCUGAAGCUUUGAAGAACCAAUAGCAAAAAAAGAGUGUUCUUUAAUGGCAAACUAUCAGGAAGAGGCUAACAGAGCUACCAAGAAAAAUAUACACAAGGGGCAAAAAUAGUUUCCUCUAGUCUCUGUAAAAUAGGCUUUGCAAGAUUAUACCAACAGUCGAUAGCAGUAUGGCACUUUUCCUGUUCUGCAAGUCUCCUGCAGGCCCGGUCAGAAUGAACAGAAUACAGCUCAUCCUGUGCUGUUUCCUACUGUCUCUUAUCAUAUAUUUCUUCAACGGAUCUAAAGCUGCUGUCAGUUCAAAGUCAGUCCAUCCCUUAGCUGAGGUGUUGGGAAUGAAGGAUGGAAGAAUACUGAAAGACACGUCUGUUAUCAAGACGGUGGACCCAAGACAUUCAGAGAGGACAUCAUGGGGAGCUCCUUUGGUGUGGGGCGACAGCCACAAUUCGGUGUGGCGCAGGGCCAAGCUCUCAGAACAAGGAAUCAGCGUAGGCCUGUUGGUCCUUGUGGUUGGAACUUAUGCCCGGUUUAUACGUCAUUUCCUAACCUCAGCUGAAACCCACUUUCUCCCUGGUCAGAUGGUCACAUAUUACAUUCUUACAGACAAUCCCCGUACUCUGGAUCCUCCGCUCGAUCUGGGCCCUGGACGGCACAUGAAGGUUCUCCCAGCUGCAGAGCUACCCGGCUGGGACCGACUGGCUUACCGUCGGAUGGUCUUGUUUACUGAAACCAUCUUUGAAUUGAUUGGCAAAGAGGUUGAUUACAUCUUCUGCACUGAUGUCGACCAGGAGUUUGUGGGUCCAGUGGGAGAAGAAAUCCUCGGGGAUCUGGUAGCUACGUUGCACCCAGAGUUUUUUAAUGUGCAACGAAAUCAAUUCCCUUAUGAAGACCAAGAGGAUUCAUCUGCUUGUGUGGAGGAGGAUGAGGGGGACUACUAUUACACCUCGGAGUUUUAUGGUGGGGUAGUUUCUCAGAUGCGCAGGUUGGCUCGGGACUGUUCUAUGCUUAUACUUCAGGACGAGGCAAACAAGGUAACAGCCAGAGCACUGGAGGAAAGCUACUUAAACCGCUACCUGAUCGACCAUAGGCCGACCUGUGUGCUGUCACCAGAGUACAGCUGGUGGGAUUCACCACUGACUGUGCGUGUGCCUAAAAAGAGACUAGUCUCUUUAGGAAGGCAGUGUGAAGCAUAUGACAACAGAAUUGUUAAAAAAUUUUAAAUGAAGUACCUAUUUAAGUUUGCAGUGGCUUACAAAAGUAUCCAAACACCUUUUAGAAUCCCAACAGUUAAUCCCAACCAUUACUGGGAUUCUAUGGAAGUAAAGGAAAUAAUACUUGAAGGGUAUGGCUUGUGUUGAAUGCAACGGAUUCAAUACUUUGCAGUACGAUCUUUCACUCUUAUUAGAGCAAGCUGCUUAGUAAUGCUUAAUGUAUCAUUGUUUGUUGGUUUCUUAGUAUGAUAUAAUCAGUAGUGGCAAAAAGUCAAAAUGCAUGCAUAGCCUAUUCAACACAUCUAGCUAAUAAAAUAUUUCUUGAAUCCUAAAAUAGACAUGAAAUCAGAUUCUGGGUACCAUUGAUAAGCUCCACUGACAAAUAACUCUAUGAUGACAUCAUUUCUGUUAUGUUGUUUCAUUCAACAUUUAUUUGACUGGGUAAAAUAUUUCAUUAAAGUUUUUUUUUACAUUUUCCGAUUUUUUUAUUGCAUGCUUGUGUAUACUGUGGAUUUUUUUUUUUUUUUCAGAAAAUUUUGCAAAUCACACUUCAUGUCAUUUACAUUUAUGUCAAACUGUCAAAUGCUUCCAUGACCAUGGUUCUUCUUGGGGGCAGUUGGUUCAAGAUGAUUUGCACAGAAAUAAAGUGUUUUUUACAUAUAGGCAAAAAAAAAAAAAAAAAAGU